GCCCUUUUCCGCCACACAGGAAAACAUGCACGUGCGUCACGCAUGGCUAGUCUAGCCCGUGACCACCAUAUGUUAUUCACGAGGGUUCGUCGUCUUCUUUCUCUCUCUCAUUGUGAACUUUCAUCAAACACAGUGAGAGAGAUUGCAGAGAUAUGGAUAUGCUCUCACACUGAGUCCACUACAUGGAGUAAGGAUAAAGAAUGGAAGUAUGAAAUUUUGGAUGUGAUUUCUAUUUUCAAAACUCUGCAAGUAAACAAAGCUAUUCAGACAGACAGCUAUUAGAGUGCAAGGGACAAAAUAGAGGGAGGAAUUGAAAGAGAGGUUCAACAUUAUAAAAAAGAGAUGAUGGGAGAACAUCUCCUGAUUAUAUAUAUAGUUUGGAUUUUAGAAUACUUGUUUUGGAAUUUCAAAAUUUAGUAGAAUUUGAUUGUUGGUGAGUAGUGGAGUACUGAUUUGACUUAAGUUGAUUAUGCAGAAAAAAAAAAUGGUGAAAGAAGACUAUCACUGAUUCACUGUCAUGUUGAGAUAGAAACUUACUAAUCAAUUUGCCUUCAGUUGCUUUACAAGGCCUCAAUAUGAGAAUAUUAUUUCUUUAUGAUGCAGAAUGCUCAAACGUUUUUCUACAGUUAGGGCUUCUCUGUUUACUCUGUUGAAGACAUUGGCUUAUGCUUGCUUGGCUUUUUUAUUUUAUUUUUUUCUGAUAUGUUAUUUUAGUCACACGAAUGCUGCCUUGUACAGAUUCUGCAAAUACCUGAUGUUUCAUAAGUAAAUCAUGUUGAAGCAAGUAUCCAAUAGAAAUCAGAGGACAAAAGGCUUCAAGAUGCCGUACGAGGAAACCUCUGCAAAAACAUUUGAGACUCUGAAGGUUGGUUCCGAAACUAAAAGGCUUGGAAGAAAAGGGUUGCAACCACGGUCAAAUGAUAAACUGUUCGAAUUGGAGGAUACUGAAGAAAACGAACUUGAAAGGGAUGAUAGCAUUGUUGGACAUGAUGGAGAAAGAACUGAAGAGGAAGAAUCGGAGGAAGUAGAAGACCUUGUUGAUGAACAAGACAAAGAGAAGGAAGAGCAAAAUGAAGAUGAAGAUGGUGAAGAAAUGGGAAAACAGAUGGAAGAUAUGAGCUUAUUAGAGGAUGAAGGUCAUGACGAAGGUGAAAAUGAUACACAAUCAAAAAGUGAGAAAUAUAACAAAGAGAGUGGAGCAUCUAGGGUUGUCAUGAGAAUGACAAAAAGUUUAGGUUCUGAAUUUGAAUUUGGAGGUUUGAGAAAAGUAAAAGAGGAACAGGUGGGGAAUUCAAAAGGGAUUGACACAGAAAAGCAGAAGAAGAAAAUCAUGGACUCAAGCAAAGUCAUUGGCCACAGCACUGAUUCAUUUCCAAAUGUCAUAGCCUCAAAAGGAAUAAAUGAUGUGCUUGAUUUUGGUGCUGGAUCAAAGAUUCGUUACUUAAGGAAUGAUUUUGAUAGUGCAACCUAUAGAAUGCCACGAUUUAACAUGGGUGCUCUUAGAAACUUUUUUUCCUUUGAAAUGGGACAGCUGCAUAAGAGGGAAAAUAAAAGUCACUUAGAAUUUGAAUGAGGAGAAAUUGGAGAAAAGCAUUGUAUCAAGUUAUCAAUAACAGCUGUAGAAAUGAACUCAAUAACGAGCUGAAUAAGCAGAUCCUUUCUGAGACACAACAAACCAAACACGUAUCUGCUUUAAAAUAAUGUCUUGUACGCUGUUUUUCUUUUUAAUUUAUUCAUACUUUCUGCUAUUGUGAGUCUUGAGUCAUAUUAUGCCUUGUGCCCAGUCAGUAUUAUAGUUCAAAUAUUCCACAUAAAGUUAAAGUUUACAUGUUCCACACACAGAAAAAACUAGUUGUAGUAACGAAUUGCUUCAUAUGGAUUUGAUCUGAUCAUGUUUUUGGUCCUCCAUUUUUUGAGCUAGUUUGGUUUGCUUGCAAAAGGAGUUGCCGACAUUUUUGUAAGUCAGGCUGGACCCAAUGUUUUUAUCUGUAGUAUCAGAUGGUCCAUUUCCUUCAAGAUUGAAUGCCCUCGUGAUACAUAACAACAAAAAUGGCUAAGGGUACAAAAGCUGUGGGCUCACAAUCCCUUCCCCUCUGUAUUGGAUUUAUCUAUGGAUGUGGCAGAGCUUGUUAGUUUUGUCCUAGACAAAUUCAGAUAUAAUGAGUGAAAGUUCCUUUUCGAAAAUAACACUGUACAUAGCUGUGGCAUUAUUUCAUCACAAGAGAGGAAAUGAUAGUACUACAUGUUGAUACUUCAGUUUUAACAUCAUUCUUCAGUGAUAUUCAAUAUUAAUAGAACUGGGAUUAUUGAAAU